CAGGGGGUAUAAAAUGAAGGGCUCGCGCGUCAUUAUGCAACAGCGAGGCGCGCGGGGUGUUGAACCGAACGCCGCCACUGCAGCUACUUUUAUCACGCGCGUGGCUGCGCCCGUGCUUCUGUGUGUGUGCGCGCGUGCAUGCGCGCGCGCGAGCUAGCGUGCGAGAGACUCGCGAGUGUGUGAGCGUGCGUGCUCCAUUCCAGAGCUCCGGCGUGGAGCGCGAGCCCUGCUGGUCUCGGCUGGUGUGAAGUGGUCUGUCCCGCUCGCGCGAGCCCUGAGUGAGUCCUGCCUGCCGGUGUAGGAGUGUUAACCAUGGCCGGAGACGGCACGGACCAGCGCGCGCUCCAGUAUGAGCAGACCCUGAUGUAUGGUCGCUACACUCAGGAGCUGGGUGUGUAUGCGAAAGAAGAAGCGGCUCGGCUCAGGGAGGAGGCGGCGUACCGGCGGUUGGUGACGGAGCGGAGUCGAUCGCUCGACCUGCUCGAGUACGACAAGAGCCGCUGCGCCAAGUGCAGAAUCUGUACAGUACACUGUCAGAAGUUCCUGAUUUCCCGGGUGGGCGAGGACUGGAUCUUCCUCAUUCUGCUCGGCCUGGUCAUGGCCCUGGUCAGCUGGGUGAUGGACUUCUGUAUCGCACUUUGUCUUCAAGCCCAGAAGUGGAUGUACGGAGGUUUGGACAGCAACGUGGUGCUGCAGUAUCUAGCCUGGGUCACCUACCCAGUAGUGCUCAUCAGCUUCUCAGCGGGUUUCACACACAUAGUAGCUCCACAGGCUGCUGGUUCUGGUAUUCCUGAGAUGAAGACUAUUCUGAGAGGAGUGGUGCUAAAGGAGUAUCUCACAUUAAAAACCUUUGUUGCCAAAUGCAUCGGCCUGACCUGUGCCUUGGGAAGUGGCAUGCCUCUGGGCAAAGAGGGUCCGUUUGUUCACGUGGCGAGUCUGUGUGCGGCGCUGCUGAGUAAGUUUAUGUCGCUCUUCGGUGGAAUUUAUGAGAAUGAAUCUCGGAACAUUGAGAUGCUGGCGGCUGCCUGCGCUGUGGGGGUCGGCUGCUGCUUUGCUGCCCCCAUUGGAGGUGUUCUCUUUAGUAUAGAGGUCACGUCGACGUUUUUUGCAGUGAGGAAUUACUGGAGAGGGUUUUUUGCUGCUACAUUCAGUGCCUUCAUCUUCAGAGUGCUGGCCGUGUGGAAUCGAGACGAAGAGACCAUAACCGCUCUCUUCAAGACUAGAUUCCGGCUCGAUUUCCCCUUUGACCUCCAGGAGCUGCCAGCGUUUGCUGUUAUUGGGAUAGCUAGCGGUUUUGGUGGAGCCCUGUUCGUCUAUCUCAACCGACUUAUCGUCCAAUUCAUCAGGAAGCAGAAGGCCAUCAACAAGUUCCUUAUGAAGAAGCGUCUGUUGUAUCCUGCUCUGGUCACUCUUCUGAUCUCCACUCUGACCUUUCCCCCAGGAUUCGGACAGUUCAUGGCUGGCCAGCUGACGCAGAAGGAGUCCCUGGUCACUCUGCUGGAUAACCGGACGUGGGCUAAGCAGGGCAUCGCCGAGGAGUUUGAGUACAUCGGGCACGCAGCUGCCUGGAAACAUCCCCAAGCCAACGUCUUCAUCACCCUCGUCAUCUUCAUCGUCAUGAAGUUCUGGAUGUCUGCUCUUGCAACCACCAUCCCUGUACCCUGUGGUGCCUUUAUGCCAGUAUUCGUCAUCGGUGCUGCUUUCGGGAGGUUGGUGGGAGAGAGCAUGGCUGCCUGGUUUCCUGAAGGAAUUCACUCAGAUGGUGUCGUUUAUUCUAUAGUACCAGGAGGAUACGCUGUAGUGGGUGCUGCAGCGUUAUCAGGAGCGGUUACUCACACGGUGUCGACGGCGGUGAUUGUGUUCGAGUUAACGGGUCAGAUCAGUCACAUCCUGCCCAUAAUGAUUGCUGUGAUUUUGGCGAACGCCGUGGCCCAGAGCCUCCAGCCGUCCAUCUACGACUCCAUCAUCCGCAUCAAGAAGCUGCCCUACCUGCCCGAGCUGGGCUGGGGUCACCAUGAGAAAUAUAAUAUUCGUGUGGAGGAUAUCAUGGUGAGGGAUGUGAGAUAUAUUACUCUAAACUGCACUUACAGAGACCUACACGACGUCCUUCUAACAGAACGCCUUAAAACACUAGCACUGGUGGAGUCCACAGAGUCGAUGAUCCUGCUGGGCUCUAUUGAGCGUUCUCAACUGCAGGCUCUGCUGUCCCAGCAGCUGGGACGUCCCAGACGUCUGGAGUAUCUUCGCCAGCGAGCUCAAAGCGAGAGGAAACACGCUUCCACCGUUAGCACUCCCAGCAGCGAGGAAGGGAACCAUAAAACUAGCCAUGAAGUCAGAUUCCAGAUUUCUACAGAGGAGUCCACGAUCAGUCCUACCCGCUCUGUCUCACCUAAACCACUGAAACCAGCACUUAAGAGACAUUCAGUGGUGGAGAGAGAUCAGGACUCGGGCAUCGCUCUGAAGAGUCUCUUCUGCGCCCACCCAGAGGCCGCAGCAGUGGAGGAUCCAGAUGUUGAAGAUGACAUGACCAUGAGAGAGAUUGCUGAGUGGGAGGAGCUACAGCUUGACGAGCAGGUCAACUUCAACAACUGUAAGAUUGACCCCGCCCCUUUUCAGCUGGUGGAACGCACUUCGCUACAUAAGACUCACACCAUUUUCUCUCUGUUGGGACUGGACCAUGCCUAUGUUACCAGCAUUGGACGCCUAAUAGGAGUCGUAUCACUACGGGAGCUACGCAAGGCCAUCGAAGGCUCGGUGACGGUGAAGGGGGUGAAAGUGCGCCCCCCUCUGGCCAGUUUCAGGGACAGCGGCACCAGCAGCAGCGACGCGGAGGUGACCGAGCUCCACAAGCUGUGGAACCGCCACACCAACCUGACCCUGCCUCAGGACCACCAGCCCUCAGACUCUGACGAGAAGUCCCAGUGAGGUGGAGGGGGUGGAUGGAAAAGGGAGAAAAAAAAAAAAAAAAGAUGGUAAAAAUUAACGUAAAGGAAAAGACUGAACGGACGAGAGUGGUAACCGACGGCCGAAUUCGCCUGAACAUUCAAAAACACUCAAACUGAUUCCGAACAUUUCUGGAAUGUUUUGUGCUUCGGCGGAGUUUCUUUUUUCUUUAUAACAUUUAAAAUUUUUCGUCCUGCCCCUUCUGCACUGAUUCCUUUACUUUAGUUUUCCGUAUUUGAGAAGGAAGGUGAGGACACUUAAGAGCUCUCUUUGCUGUUCGCAGCUCUGAGUGGGUGUGCGCGAGAGUGGGUGUGUGCGAGAGUGAGAGCGCGAGGGUGAGUGAGUGCGCAAGUGUAUGUUUGUUUUGUUUUUUUUCUCUUAAAAAGGGACCUACUAUCUUAACACUAGGCGCUUUUCUGCUGCCUCUGAAUGCCAGCGAUUUCAAAGGAAAGCUGAAAGCUUCCUCCACAUUUCCUCUGUUCUUCCCUCUUUAGUCUUUCUUCGUCUCCCUCUUUUUUCUUCCUCCCCUUUGUCGCUCUUCUUUGCGAGAGCGCAUAUUUUGAACUCGUACAGAGCACCAGGUGCCACGUCUGAAAGUGCGAUUAUGCAGGUGAGUCAGAGACAGAGAGAGAAAGAUUGAAAGAGAAAGAGAGAGAGAAUAUUUUAGUCCUUAUACACACUGACGAAUUGUUUCAUAAUAGAAACGCACACACGCACACAUUCUGCUUUUCUUUCUUUUUUUAAUUUUUACUAUUUAAAAUCAUAGUACAGGUGCAACUCAAAAAAAUAUAAAAAAGAAUAUCAUUGAAAAGUUAGUUUAUUUCAGUUCAAAAUGUGAAUAUUGUAAUAUAAACACAGAGUGAUCUAUUUUAAGCAUUUAUUUCUAUUAUUGUUGAUGAUUAUGGCUUACAGCCAAUGAAAACCCAGAAAUCAGGGUCUUAGAAAAUUAGAAUAUUAUAUUAUACGACCUAUUGGUACUUUUGGCAGUGUGGACAAGUGUGCAAAGUCCUGCUGGAAAAUGAAAUCUGCAUCUCUUUAAAAGUUGUCAGCAGCAGAGGGAAGCAUAAAGUGCUGUAAGAUUUUGCGGAAAAACAAAACUGCACUGACUUUAGACUUGAUAAUAAAACACAGUGGAUCAACACCAGCAGAUGACAUGUCUCUCCAAACCAUCACUGAUCAUCAGUAAAUUUUACAUUUCAUUUGGAAAUUAUGGGAUCAGAGUCUGGAGGGAGAGUGGAGAGACACACUGUCCAAACUGCUUAAGCGUUUAUUUCUUAAACCAUCAUAAUCAGUCAUCGUUUAAAAUAGAUAACGCUGUGUGUAAUACAUCUAUAUAAUAUAUAAUAUUCACAUUUUUAACUGAAUUAUUAAAAUAAAGUAACUUUUUUAAAUGAUUUUCUAAUUUUUUUUAGAUGGACCUGUAUGUAUUAAACCUCAAAAAUUAAAUAUUGUCAAUUUAACAUUGAUUUUAUAUUGAAAGGUCCAGUCAUUUGAGUAUGGCCCAAUCUCAUUUCUCUCUCUUUUUUUUUUUUUUUUUACCCUUACCCCUUGUUUUCGAGUGUAACCUUCCCCGAAUAAUUGGGACAACCCUUCAGUUUGUGGGUUUCUUUAGUCGCCUUUGCCGCACCAUCUCACCAGUGAUUCUUAUUGGCCUCUGUUUGGAGUGUUCCUCAAAAAAAUCCUUAGUUUGAAGGACCAUGUAGCCAUCGAACACCUUCACUUACCUUCCCCUACAGACUAACUAGCAUUGAAACGCCCUAUCCCUAGGUGAUGGGGCUAAAUGAUGGGGCCAAGGGGUGAAAUGGGAUGGGUCUAAGUGUGCAUGCAUAUAAUGUAAUAAGCCCCACCCCCUCCUUAUACACUUUACCCUGAUAGAACAAACACAUGCAUUUAAUUGCUAUUUAAGUGUCGGAAGACCCCAAAAGGCAUAUUGGCGAUUGAGUUUUUCAGUACUUAUUGAACUUUUUAAGCUCAUAUUAAAAGUGCACACACACACACACACACAUACUGACCACUAAACUGACUAACUUCCUACAUGUUUUAUUAUAUACUCUACACUACACAUUUUGUGCUAGUUUAUCUACCAGAAAUGCACUUUAUUUUUUUUGCAAAUGCUUCCAAAACGAUUAACAUCUUUAACACCUGAGCAAAAUUUAUGAGAAACAUCCAAACAAUGUAAAGAAACACUUUUAUUUGUAUUUAUUGGUACUCUCUAUUUUUAUAAUUUAUUCUAGUUAAUGCACAGUUAAUUAUGCUGACAACAUUCUGCCAAUGUUCUGCCAAUAUUUUCUGCUGCCUUGAAGAGGUAAUCUGGCAUCAAACCGUAGUUAACCCAUCAGUUAACAGUUAACACAUGUUUGGUGUCUUCUGGAGAUUUAAAUGCAACAGCUUUUUGAUUUUUUUUGUUUUGACUAUUUUAACUACUUUAAAAACUUUAAAUGUUGUAUUGUUUUUAACAUCUAACAUCUUUCUUAAGACGUCAUGCUGUUUUGCUAAUCUUUAAAACAGUGCCAGCCAACAGUAUUCAGAUACAGUGUUUUUUACUAUAAACCAACUUCUCAAUCAGUUUAAACACAAAUCACUGAUAAACCCAGAGCACUUUAUUAGAACCACCUGGCCAAUUAGCCAAUCAUGUGGCAGCAAUUCAGUGCAUCAUGUCAUGCAGAUAUAGGCCAACCAUCAUCCUAAGGAUAAGAUGUAUGAUCUCAGUGGUUUUGAGCAUGACUGUGAUGAUUGUCGGUGUCAGAAGGACUUGCUUGAGUCUUUCUACAGUCUUUCUUCUAUGAAUCUGAUUGGUUGGAGCUGACAGAAAAGCUACAGUAGCUCAGAUAACCACUUUGUAGAAAUGUGGUCAACAAAAACACAUCUCAGAACAAGCAACACCGAUGUUUAGUGUUUAGAAUGAGAUGAGGAUGAGCUAAAACAGCAGAAGAACAAAAGUUAGGACAAGACCAGAAAGCUGAGGCUGCAGUAAACACAAGCUCACCAACACUGGAGAGCUAAGGAAUGGAGAAAUGAUGGCUGGUCUGAUAAAUCUUGAUUGAGCAUGAACGUUCUCUUGAACAUGGACCAUAAUUAAGCAAUAAUAUACUCGAGGUUCGUGCUGUAUCAUGUAAUAUUGGCACUGCUCUGCUGCGUUCAGCUGUGCCAGUAUUACAUGUUAUAGCACAAACCUCAAGUGUAUUAUUGUGAUUAUACCACAUUUCCAUUAUCAAUGUUUAUUAAAAGAUUUUGAGUUAAAGAGGAAGAGAAAAUAUGAUCUGUUUGGCUUGUAAGCGCUGUAUCGUUGCUAGGUUACCUGUAUGUGGCGGCGGAGUAGUACAUGGAGAGCUUUGGUUACAGUGCAUUACCGGCUGAUACCGGAGCUCAUAGAAUGCCUCUGAGCCAAUCACGUUGCAGAGUCGGAACUAACUGUGGUACAAUUGUUAAUGAAUGUAUCCAACAUCUUUUGGAUCCCAUGGCUAAAGGAAUUGAGGUUCCUUUUGAGAGCAAAGGAGGUCUUAUCCAGUAUUACUAGAGUGUUCCUAAUAAAGUGCUUUAGUAAAUGUAUGAAUAAACAUCUGACUUUAGCUGCUGUAUUGAGUUCAGCAGCUGAAGUCUAUGUUGUCUAUGUCUUACUCAAAAUCUUAAAUUUUGUAGAAAAAUGGUGACUAGUCUUGAUCUUUUAGGAUUAUUAUAGUAUUAAAUGUUGAUUAUAAAAGUGAUUGACAGCAUUUACCUAAAGAAAGUAGUUUAGUAACUUAAAGUAAACUAGUGCAAUUAUCCGCUUAUCUUGAAUGUAGCUGAUUAAUGAAGACUUAUUUGAUUGGGAAUAGUUUCCCAUUGGCGCUACGAGGCUAAUGUAGCUAACACAAGAAGCUAAAAUGAGUUGCUAAAAGGCCCAUAUCCUUAUUUUUUCUUUUACUAUAUUUUUACAGGUGCACUUAUGUUGUUUGUGUGGUUUGAAUUCAUUACAUUCGUCUUCUUCACAGCUACUUUUUAUCCCUUAGAAUUAACCAGGAUGUUUUGGUGUCCGUCCCUUUAAGACUCAUGUAUGUAAAUGAGCACUGCUAUGAUUGCCUGUUGUUUAUUAAAAAACAAAAUAUAUCACGUUUGGGUUUGCGACACAUCACAAAAAGAAUUAAUUUUUAAAAAAUGUAGCUGCAAAUGUUUUUGCAGCAGUUCUCUUAAACAGACUGGUGAGGGAGUGGUAGGUUUUAAAAAAAAAAAACUUUUGUUAACACUGUUUAUAUAAUAUAAAAAUCACUUAUUAAAAAAAAUAUGUAAAUUAUAUUGCUUCGUAUGACAUGAGCCCUUUAAAUCAUGGUAGACAUCAGAUGUUAGCUACCCUAAUUGACAACAAAAAUCGGAUCUAAUCUAGCUGAGCUAACAUUGACCAGAUGUUAACAACUCUGGCUAAUAUUAACUAGAUGUUAGCUGAUGUAACCAAGACAUUAACUAUCCUAUCUUCAUUACCUAGAUGUUAUCUAAUCUGGAUGACAUUGGCCUGAUGUUAACUACUCUAGCUGAUAUCAACUAGAUGUUAAAUAAUCUAGCUAAUGUUUUCUAGACAUUAACUACCCUCUCUUAACUCUAGUUAGAUUUUAAAUAUUCUGGAUGAUGUUGGCUAGAUGUUAACAACUCUAGCUGAUAAUAACCAGAUUUUAGCUACUUUAGCUGACGUUAACCUAGACCUUAACCACCCUGUCUUCACUAGCUAGAUGUUAACUACUCUGGAUGACAUUGGCUAGAUGUUAACUACUGUAGCUGGUAUUAACUAGACAUUAGCUAAUUUAGCUGAUGUUUCCUUGACAUUAACCAUCCUAUCUUACAAUAACUAGAUGGUAACUAAUCUGAAUGACAUUGGCUAGAUGUUAACAACUCUAGCUGAUAUUAACUUUGUUAGCUACUUUAGCUGAUGUUACCUAGACACUACCCUUUCUCACACUAGCUAGAUGUUAACUACUCUAACUGAUGUUGACUAGAUGUUAGCUACUUUAGCAGAUGAUAUCUUAAUGUUAACAACCCUCUCCUAUGCUAUCUAGAUAUUAACUACUCUAGCUAAUAUUAACUUUGUUAGCUACUUUAGCUGAUGUUACCUAGACAUUAAUUACUCUAUCUUACUCUAGCUAGAUGUUGAGUAAUCCAGAUGACAUUUGCUAGAUGUGAAACUACUCUAGCUAAUAUUAACUACAUGUUAGCCACUUUAGCUGAUGAUAUCUUAACGUUAACUACCCUCUCUUAUGCUAGCUAGAUGCAUACUACUCAGGAUGAUGUUGAAAAUAAAAUAGAAAUAAAAGUUGAAUUGAUUUCUGGCUACAUGUUUACUACUCUAGCUGAUAUGACUAGAUAUAAGUUACAUCGACUUAUAACGAUAAACUACCUAGCUGGAUGUUAGCUACUUUGGAUGAUGUUUGCUAGAUGUUAAAUACUCUCGAUGAUGUUUGCUAGAUGUUAACUUUGAGUGGAUGAUCUCAUUAACUACUCUAUUUUAUGGUAACUAGAUGUUAGCUACUUUAGCUGAUAUUUGCUAGAUGUGAACUACACUAAAUGACCAAGCUAACAUCUUUCAAAAGUGAAUACCAUCUAUCACACAUCAGCUAGUAGAGUGAAUGUCUAGUUAACAUCAGCUAGAGUAGUCAACAUCUAUUCAAUGUCAGCUAAAACAGCUAGAGCAUUUGACAAAAAUCAGCUAAAGAUGUUACCUACUAUAUUGGCUAGAUGUUAACUACCCUAGCUCAUGCUAUCUAGAUGUUAACUUCUCUGGUACUCUGGAUGAUGUUGGCUAGAUGUUAACUACUCUAUUAACAACAUCAGCAAGGUGUUAACCUAACCUUAGCUUCAUUAGCCUUGUACAUGUGUGAAACUUCCAACCUGUGUUGGCAGGUUGGCUACGUUUGUGAUAAGUUGGUAAAAAGUGCGGAUUUAUUUAAUUUAUUAUGCCUUAAUCAACACGGUCCUUAUAUGCACUCUCUUUAUCACUCUUUUUUCUCUUUCUUUAUCUGUCUCUCUCUUUUUCUCUCUCUCUUUCUUAUUCUUGGAGAGCUUGUUGCAUUAAAUACUGCUCGACAUCCUACUUUCUAAAAAAAAAAAAAAAAAAAAAAGAAACACCAAAAUACUACUAAUAAAAAUAGUAUUUUGAAUAAAUAAAAGUGAGAUAAAAAAAAGUGUCAUAGAACAGCUACGGCUGUUGCAUGUCAUCUCAUUUGCAGUUAUGGACGUUUUAUUGUUUUUUUUUUCUGUUUGUUUUCCUUUUCUGUCUGUUCUGUUUUUUUGAUUAGCCAGUUUGAUUUUUUGAUUGAUUUAUCACUGACAAGUGUCCGUCAUUCCUGCCCCUGACCAAUAAGCUUUAAUCGGCGGUCGAUUGCAUGUGGUUGGAGGGCCGGUCUAACGUGUUUGAUGGCGCACCUUAGAAGUAUGAUUUUAGGUUUACAAAUUUAAUAUAUUUAAUAUCAUUUAACAUAUAUAACGGUAAUGAGCAAAUUAACUUAAGAUCAUAUUUUGUUUUUUGUUGUCAUUUCCUUUUGUCCAGUUAAUGUUUUUUUGUCUGUUUUUUUUGUUUUGGUCUUCGUCUUUGAAUGUUAAGCUAGAUGUUAACUACUUUAAGCUGAUGUUUCCUAGAUGUGAACUACUCUAGCUGACCAAGCUAACUUUAACUAGAGUGAAUAACUUCUAGCCAACGUCAGCUCGUGUAGAGAAUGUCCAGCUAGAGUAGUCAACAUCUGUUCAAAGUCAACUAGAACUAGAAUCAGAUGUUAUCCUUCACACUAGCUGAUGUUAGCCAGAUGUUAUCCUCCACGGAAGUUGAUGUUAAUGUUAUCCACACUAGCUGAUGUUAGCCAGAUGUUAUCCUCCACGUAGUUGAUGUUAAUGUUAUCCACACUAGCUGAUGUUAGCCAGAUGUUAUCCUCCACUCUAGCUGAUGUUAGCCAGAUGCUAAUCUCCACUGUAACUGAUGUUAGCUAGAUGUUAUCCUCCACUCUGGCUGAUGUUAGCAAGACAUUAUCCUCCACUCUGGCUGAUGUUAGCAAGAUAUUAUCCUCCACUCUAGCUAAUGUUAGCCAGAUGUUAUCCUCCACACUAGCUGAUGUUAGCCAGAUGUUAUCCUCCACUCUAGCUGAUGUUAGCCAGAUGAUUUCCUCCACACUAUCUGAGGUUAGCCAGAUGUUAUCCUCCACUCUGGCUGAUGUUAGCUAGAUGUUAUCCUCCACUCUGGCUGAUGUUAGCUAGAUGUUGUCCUCCACUAUAGCUGAUGUUAAUGUUAUCCACACUAGCUGAUGUUAGCCAGAUGUUAUCCUCCACUCUAGUUGAUGUUAGCUAGAUGUUAUCCUCCACUAUAGCUGAUGUUAGCCAGAUGUUAUCCUCCACUCUGGCUGAUGUUAAUGUUAUCCACACUAGCUGAUGUUAGCCAGAUGUUAUCCUCCACUCUAGCUGAUGUUAGCUAGAUGUUAUCCUCCACUAUAGCUGAUGUUAGCCAGAUGUUAUCCUCCACUCUACCUGAUGUUAGCUAGAUGUUGCUUACUGUAGCUGAAGUUAGCUAGAUGUUUCCUACUCUAGCUGAUGUUAAAUGGAUGUUAUCCUUAAUUCUAGCUGAUGUUAGCUAGAUGUAUUGCACUCUAGCUGAUGUUAGCUAGAUGUAAUGCACUCUAGCUGAUGUUAGCUAGAUGUAAUGCACUCUAGCUGAUGUUAGCUAGAUGUUAUCUUGGUCUAGGAACAGUAGAAAAGAGAUCUAGAACAAAUAAACUUGUUGCCAUAUGUCUUUGACUCCAGUCCCCAUUUGGGAACUGUGUAUAUAUCGUAUUAGCAAGGUCCAGAUGUUUCUUCAACCACAGCAGCAGUGUAACAUUGCCUGAAUGUUUUAUGUGUAUUUUUUUCUAAAAUUUAAAAAAGGAAAAGGCUCAGCAGAAGCCAAAACUAAGCAUGAAAAGAACGUUUCAUCUCACUAAGUGCCUAUACAUCUCAAAUGAAUGUGAUUUAAGCAGGGGUUUACUGAGUAUACACUGGGGAUGUGCGUGGGUAUUAUAGUACUCGGUUCACUGUUUGAAUUGGCUGUGUUUAUGUAAAUCACUAUUCGAUUAUUUUCGAUAUGUUCAGACUAUGUAACAGGAUUGGGGUGAUGGUUUUGUUGGUAUGUUUGUAUGUUAUAUUACAUCCAUGAUCACUUUUUUUUUUUUCAAACCUCAGCUGACUAAAGUCAAACAUCUGAUAAACCUUUUACAAAGUGACAUCUUUAUCGAAAAAAGCCACUUAAAGUUGUGUGCAUUAAUUUCUUGCUAACAUCAGCUAGAGUACUUAAUAUCUAUCUGGAUUUAGGUAGAUGUUAAUUACUCUAACUUAAGUUACCUGUUAACUACUGUAUCUGGUGUUAAGUAGAUGUUAUUAACUGUAGCUGACUUUAGUUACAUGUUAAGUGGUCUGUGGUUAACCAGAUGUGAGCAAGACAGUACUCUAGAUCACAGUACCUAGAUGUUAUCUAUUGUAACUAAAACUACAUUAGCUGAUGUUAGCUAGAUAUUUAAUACCCUAGUGGACUUUAGCUAUAUGUUAACUACUCUAGGUGAUGUUAGCUAGAUGUUUAAUACCCCAGCAGACAUUAGAUAGAUUUUCAGUACCCUAGCGGACAUUAGCUAGAUGUUCAGUACCCUAGCGGACAUGAACUACUCUAGGUGAUGUUAGCUAGCUGUUCAAUACCCUAGAAGUCAUUAGCUAGAUGUUAACUCUACAUAAUUGUUCCUAGAUGUUAACUACUCUAUAUAAAUUUAGCUGGAAGUUAACUGCUCUACCUCACAUUAGCUAGAUUUUAUCCAGUCUACCUGAUGUUACACAAAGUAGUUUACAUCUAUUUAGUGUUAGAAGCUAAUUUUAGCUUGAUGUUAAUUACUCUAGCUGGUGUUUCUUUGAUGUUAACUACCUUAGUUGACAUUAGCCAGAUGGUAACUACUCUAACUGACAUUAGAUAUAUGGCAACUGACCUAGUGGAUGUUAGCUAGAUGUUAACUACUUUAGCUGAUGUUUGCUUGAUGUUAACUACCCUAGCUGACAUUAGCUAAAUGUUAACUAUUCUAGGUGAUGUUUGCUAGAUGUUACGUCUUUAGCUCAUGUCAGCUUGGUCCAAGAGGAGUAAACGGAGGAGAAACAAUAACUGUAUCCCCAGUUAAUUAUUGGAAACAAAGUUUUUUAUAUAUAUGAAUUGAUCUUUAUCCUCCAAAAGUUUUGCAACUCCAGGUACUCAAAUAUCAAAAAAUAGAAUGCACAUCCCUAGUAAACAUUCCAGACACCUAUACACUCCUUAACACACACACACACACACACACACACACACCUGUAACUGCAACACUACGUCACACAUAUAGUCACAUCUGGCAACCACUGCAGCAUCACCUCAGCCCUUAUUCUCCUAAUGACGGGACGGAAGAACAAAAAAGUUAUUCCUUAUUUUCUUAUCUUCUUUUUUUUCAGUUUUUUUAAUGCUGUUUGUAUUAUUUCCAUUUAUUGGUUUGUUUGUUUUUUGUUUGUUUGUUGUUCUUUAUGUCCUAAAUGGUCCAUUUGAUCUCAUUUGCUAG